AAUGUUCGGCAAUCUCCGGCCUCUCCUAAACCACCGCAGUGUCCAAGAUGGCAGCAGGAAAGAAACUCACGAAGGAAGAAGAACUUCUGCUCCAAGAUUUCAGCCGAAAUGUGACCACCAAGUCCUCGGCUCUCUUCUACGGGAAUGCCUUCAUCGUCUCUGCCAUCCCGAUAUGGCUGUACUGGCGUAUCCACCAGAUGGACCUGUUCCAGUCCGCGGUGGUGUUCGGUGUCAUGACCCUCGUCUGUACCUGGCUCAUCGCCUUCGCCUACAAGAACGUCAAGUUUGUCCUCAAGCACAAGGUUGCCCUCCAGCGUGAGGAUGCGGUCUCCAGGGAGGUCAUGAAGAAACUGUCGGAUGCUGACUCCAAGAAGAUGUCGCGCAAGGAGAAGGAUGAAAGGAUCCUGUGGAAGAAGAACGAGGUUGCUGACUACGAGGCCACAACCUUCUCCAUCUUCUACAACAACGCUCUGUUCCUGUUCCUGGUCAUCGUAGCCUCCUUCUUCAUCCUACGCUCACUCAACCCCACCGUGUAUCCUUUUACAUACCGUAGAAGUAUUAGGGUUCUCACCAGGAUUUUUUCACAGCCUAGGGGUCAGGCACAGAAGGACAACAGUAUGAAAGCAUUGGAAACAGUGUUAUCUAAUUCUUUCUUUGUAUAAAUCGGCCUGCUUUGA